AGAAGUGUAGAGCAUGAGGAAAAGGGUGGGGAGACUUUUGGUCUGAGUUGGAGGCUAAUGGUUGGAUGUUCGAAACAUACAUAAACGACACUUGUUCAAUUCCAUUCAACAACCAAGUAUUCACGCAAUUCAAGAAUUGAAUUCGUUAAUAUUUUUUCUUCUCUUUUAUCUGAAUGGCGAAGCAGAGGCAAGAAGACGGGAAGAAGGGCGUGGUCGAUCUCAUGCCUCUUUUCGCCAAGGAACUCCUCGCCGGUGGCGUCGCCGGCGGCUUUGCCAAGACCGUCGUCGCUCCUCUCGAACGUGUCAAGAUUCUCUUUCAGACGCGAAGGACGGAGUUUCAGAGCACAGGGUUGAUUGGAUCAGCUGUUAGAAUUGCGAAAACGGAAGGCCUUUUGGGUUUCUACAGAGGAAAUGGAGCAAGUGUUGCAAGGAUUAUUCCUUACGCAGCUAUUCAUUAUAUGUCCUAUGAGGAAUACCGCAGAUGGAUUAUACAAACUUUUCCUCAUGUUUGGAAAGGCCCUACCCUUGACCUUGUGGCAGGCUCACUCUCUGGAGGCACAGCUGUACUUUUCACUUAUCCACUUGACUUGACUCGAACCAAGUUAGCUUAUCAGAUUGUUAGUCCAAAAAAGUUGAAUGCUUCGGGGAUGGUUAAUAAUGAACAAGUUUACAGAGGGAUCCUUGAUUGUCUUGCAAAGACUUAUAAAGAGGGUGGCAUCAGGGGUCUCUAUCGUGGAGUGGCUCCAACUCUUGUUGGAAUAUUCCCAUAUGCGGGUUUGAAAUUCUACUUCUAUGAGGAAAUGAAGCGCCAUGUCCCUGAGGAGUACAAUAAAAGCAUCAUGGCCAAACUCACGUGUGGAUCUGUGGCAGGGUUAUUGGGUCAGACCAUUACAUAUCCUCUUGAAGUGGUUAGGAGGCAAAUGCAGGUUCAAAAACUCCUGCCAUCGGAUAAUGCGGAAUUGAAGGGGACUCUUAAAUCUGUUGUUUUUAUUGCCCAAAAGCAAGGCUGGAAGCAACUGUUUUCAGGGCUGAGCAUCAAUUACAUAAAGGUUGUUCCAUCUGUUGCCAUCGGCUUUACAGUUUAUGAUAGUAUGAAAUCAUACCUGAGAGUUCCAUCAAGAGAUGAAGCUGCAGUUGAAAAUUGAAAUGGUAACCAACAAAGGAAUAAGAUGGACAUCCUCGCCGGAAUAAUAUAAAAUGAUCCCCUUCCCAUUUCAGCCUGCUAACACCCCCUAGACUUCAAACUGGCUUCUUAGUCUCUGUCGAUUUGACUGUUAUUUAUACAUAAUGGUAGUGCAUUCUUUCAAGUUGUACAGCGAGAUGGAGCUUAUAUUCCAUCUUCAAAUAGGAUACUACAUAUACUUCUGUACACCUUACCAAGGAAUGACCCCUUUAGAUUCGGGUCUCAUUCAUUUCAUCAUUUGAGGAAACAUCAUGUCUGUUGUUUAGAUAGGACAAACCAUGUACUUAUAAAUAAAAGAUAAAUUGACCA